AUGGCAGCUUUAACCGCCGUGGACCAAUUCAAGGGCGACCUCUCGGCGACCAUCAAGUUCCUGGGGAGCAUGUCUUCCAUGCCCAACUAUGAGUCGAUUCGCCAGAUCCAAGCUGAUGCCCUCACGAAGCGAGCUGCAGGGCUUUGCCUCGACCCUGAGGCAGGGGCAGCACUGGCCGAUUCGUGGAGCACCGGCCCAUGGUCUGUUGACCAAACCAAAGCCUUUUCUGAAGUGCUGGCCAAGGGUGUCAGUGCAACAAGUGGGAGCAAAGGCAGCGAGAAUCGCAGGGAGAAUCAACUGUGCAGCAGCUUCGAGUCCUACUUGAGCGAGAAGGACGUGGAAGUGCUGACUUCUGAUUCCAGCAUCCACAUCAAGCUCGACACUGCAGCAAGCAGGUGCUGCCGGUUGAGGCUCACAUUGCCGUCAGAGCAAUGUGUGAAAAGUAUCCUGGCCGCCAUCGCUGCAAGAUCCGGUGGCACAUGCGCUGAAGCCGAGCUCUUUCUCCAGGUGGGGGAGUUCAAAAGAGUGCUUCGUCUCAAAGCGAAGAAAGUCCCAAAAGAAGGGAUUCACAUUGAAACCUAUCCGGUGGGUGGGCCUCGUGAGCUACCGGAUGUUUUGUUCAAGGCGGCCUACGAUGCCGAGGAUGGGCCGGUUAGCACUCUGCUGCCGGCUGGGCAGGUGGCACUCAAAGCCAUGGACAUUUCGCUGAGACCGACGAACAAGAAGGUGAGAGGCAUCUUUGCCACACCGAAGGCGAGCACUGCCAUGGUGCCGGCAAAUUCUAUGUCGAUGCCUGGCAUGCACAUGGGUGGCAUGAACAUGAUGGUUAACCCCUACAUGCAGGGAAUGAUGGGCAUGCAUGGCAUGCCACAUGCUUCGUCCAUGCAGGGCCUCAUGCAAUGGAUGAAGCAGCAGCAAGAUUUGGCGACCCAGCAGGGAGGGUUGCAGAACCUCCAGAUCUUCGCUCCCGGCACGGGGUCCUCUUCGGGAUCGCAACAGCCGCCAUCUUCUUCGACACCGGCAUGUGCACAGCAGCUAUGUUCUUCGACACAGGCACAGCAGCCAUCUUCUUCGACACAGGCACAGCAGCCAUCUUCUUCGACACAGGCACAGCAGCCAGAGAACGGAGAAAGCGGCAUCGAGACAAAGCCUGCAGACCCCUUCGCCUUCCAGCUCGACACAACUCAGGCCCUAGAGGAAGCUACCAAAGUGUCCGAUGCAUUGGACAACCGCAAGACUGGAGGCCAGGGCAAGCGAACGGCUGACGAGUUCGAGGGAGGCUGCAAGCUCGCCGGCAUUCAGAAACUAGCCAUGUCGUUGGACGUGGCCAGCUUGGGCAUCAAGAGAGCCAGAGAGGAACAGGUCGCCAUCGACACACCAUAUGGCGCUUUGAUCGACAAUAUGCAGAUCAAAGACAACAAGGGAAAGGAACGGUCCCAUCUGGUGAACCAACUUCCUGGCGGCCUCUCGCAGUUCACCCACCACCUCCUGCAAGCACUGAAGCUUGAGGACUUCGAGCAUGGCUUGCUUCUGGACUCGGGCGGUGAACGAGUUAUGUUCUUCGCGAAACUGGACACCAUGGUGGCAGAUGAAGCUGCCUUGAAGGCAGUCUUUGAUGUGAAGGGCUCCUCGGGGACACUACCAUGUCCUUUGUGCUCCAAUGUUGUUGCCAAGACGAGCAUGCUGGAAGGCUGUGACACAACUGGGACACUGGUACCUGUGCACGAAACUGCUCUGGAGAAGUUUUGUGCAAGAACGGACAAUACCAUCUGGCAGGGCUGCAGGUUACUGCAAAGCCGAUGUGGCCAAGUCUCCAAGAAGGCUUUUGAGCAGCUGGAGCAGUCACUGGGGAUGAACCAUAACCCAGAUGGUGUCCUGUUCCAUGGGAGUUUGCCUUUGGCCUCCACUUUGAUGUACGACUGGCUACACUGUUACUUGGUAGCAGGACUGAUGCACGUGGAGCUGGGGCUUUUGUUCCCCAUGCUCUAUACCCACGGUGUGACAGCGGAAAGUCUGAAAGACUGGAUGUGUCUGAACCUGUACCCGUUGCUGCGACUUUUCUUGCUCAGUCUUGCAACAGGAAGCAUUCCAGAUUUACUGGCAAAGGCGAUGACCAGUUGUUUGAAUUUGUUUCUCGUCCUGGAUCUCUUGCUUAAAGGGAACCGGGGAGAGCAGGUGCCACCAGACGAUUUGGAGGCCGCCAUCCUCAAACACUGCCGGGCAUUUCUCAGUGCAUAUGGCUCCGAGCAUGUUGUGCCUAAAUUCCACUAUAGCCUGCACCUUGGCGCUUUUGCUCGAAAGAAACCGCUGAUUUCCUGCUUCACUCACGAAAGAAAGCAUCGCCAAAUCAAACAGCUGGCAAACGAGAUUCACAACCCUGGAGACUGGUUUGAGAAAUCCGUCUUCAGAGACGUGUGGGGCGAAGUGAUCCUGCAGAUGCAAGCGGACUCUUUCAGUCUGCAGCCCCAUCUGCUGUCACCCAAGAAAGCUACGAUCUCUUUGCAGGCCAUGUUGAAUGCAAACUUCGGCGAUCGAGCAUGCGGUGCGACUUUUUCCUUUCAGGCCGUUUGCAGGCCGGGCCAGAGCUGCGAGAAAGGUGAUCUCGUGCUGCUUUCUUCUGGUGAUGUGGUCCAAGUGUGGCUGCAUUGCCGCCUGUAUGACGGGACAUGUGCACUUUGUGUAGCAUUCUGA